UCCAGGAACACUUCCACCGCUGGUCUUACCUAGUCCACAAAUUGCUGAACUUGCCAGAAGUUAUAUGCAGAAAUUUCAAAACGAUUGCUGAUAAUACAUAUAUGACAAAAACAUGGUGAUUUUCUUGAUGACCAAUAACAACGAUCCUUUAUACAUCCAACCACGUGUAACGAUGACGGUGGGUAAUGAGCCAUUCUACGUAGCAUCUACUCAGAAUGGAGCACAGAAUAUCUGUGAUGAUAAUACAGUAGAACUUCCUAAUGCAUCGUCUAGUAAUAUUGCAGCUCAAUCUGAAAGGUGUAACUCACUCAACUCACUCGGUCCAUCUUUUCUCACAGUGAAAUUGGGAGAUGAGUACUUUCGCAUUCCAAAAUCUUUAAGCGUCUUUAUGAUGAAGGAACCAAAUCCAAACAAAAAUGAUUCUACAGAAAAAAAUGUAAUGAAAAAAAAGAACAGUGAUAGUUCUAUACAAACGAGAAGUAAACAAAAACGUAUCAAAGAAAAUACUGAUAUUACGGAUGAUUUGGAUGAUACACCUCUUGAUUUUAGAAAAAUGUGUGAAGAAAAGAAUUUGAAAACGAAGUCUGAUAGAUUGGCUAGAUUAAAAAAAAAGCCAUACUCUUGUGAGAUUUGUCACCUUACUUUCGAUCGCAAAAGCAAACUUACCAGUCAUAUGUUCAAACAUAGUAAUUCGAGGCCUCACAAGUGCCGAAUUUGUUCGAAAGGAUUUAAAACUGGUGCUUAUUUAUCAAGACACAUGGAAAUACACGAUGAACCGGCACAAUUACAUGCAUGCACAUUGUGCGACUUCAAAGCUAGAACAAAACCAUAUCUUAAAAUUCAUUAUAUUCGUAAACACACAGAGGAUUACAAUUACAGUUGCGAGCAAUGUGGAAAAAUGUUUAAAGUUCAAUCAGACUAUACCACGCAUAUGAAAGAUCAUGAUACUGAAUCUUGCGUUUGCGAUAUUUGUGGAUCUUCAUAUCCAAGCAAAAGCUCUCUCUACUUUCAUAAACAUUACAAACAUAAGACCAAAAUCAAGGAAUUCGAGUGUUCGACUUGUAGAAAGAAAUUUAAAAGUCAAAAGAAUCUUGAUAAUCAUGCAGAGUUACAUAAGAUGAAAUAUGUUUGUGAACAAUGCGGAAUGGAAUUUAAAUUUAAGUAUGGCCUAACAAAACACUUGAGAACACAUUCUGGUGAAAAAUCUUAUCUUUGCGCGAUUUGUGGGAAAACAUUUGGUUGUUUGAGUUCACAAAAAAUUCAUCUGCUCAAACACGUUGGCGAACGUCCUUACGUUUGUGAUAUUUGUGGUCAAAGCUUCACACAGAGAUCUCCAAUGAUGUUACAUAGAAGAAAACAUCCUGGUGUGCAUCCACCGCCACCUCCAAUCAAAAUCACUAAUUUGUUGCAUGGUGUACAAGACAAGAUCAUUAUAAACACGAAUGUUCGCAGUCCAAGAUCCACUCGAGCAAAAUUAUCUCUUAAUACACAGAACUGACGAGUAUUAUGCAGUGCCAAUAACGAUGAACAACUCGUUACCGAUAGGACAAAUGAUGAACACUGAAAAAUUACUCGAAAAUGUAAUCGGAA